GCGCGCGCGCACAUUCAGUCAGUCAGCAUUCACUGUUCGAACCGGUCGCUAUUCGAAGGCACGCGCUCAAUGAUCGCACGCGUCGAUCGAAAUACGAAAAUAAAAAAAAUAUAACACGGGGUUACGCAAGGGUGUGCUCUAGGUCCAGUGAAUUUUGAUUUAUUUUUUGAAACUUGUGACACGUGAAGUGAAUUGUGUGGUCCAUUUGUGAUGCUGUGUUGCAUGAUAAACGUCACACAUGAGAAGUUUUAAUGAUAUAAUGAACCGCUAAUACGCCCGACGCGAACACCGAACGAGUUUUUAAUUUUUGCCAAGUGACAUAAAUCAGUGUAUAUGUGUGAGAAGCACUUCGACAAGAUGACGAACAUUAGUCCGGAGACGAGAAUCAUGAUAUCGAGGCCUCAGGAUGGCCGAGGGACUUACAGGAGACAGAUACUAGCAGCUCUCGCUGUCUCGCUCGGGCCGUUCGCAGCAGGAUUGAGCAAAGGUUACAUGUCACCAGCUCUGGACUCUAUGCAAGAAUCCAGGUUGAGGUUCCCUGUGAGCGAUCAGCAGGCUAGCUGGAUUGCUAGCUUAAGUUUGUUAGGUGCCCUGGUAGGCGGUAUCCUAGGCGGUAUGGCGAUGCGUUACGGCCGUCGUACGAUACUCCUCGCAGCAGCGUUGCCGUACACGCUCGCUUGGCUCGCCACUUCGCUCUCCACGAGCGUGAACAUGCUCGCCGCGACGUCGUUCUGCGGCGGCUUGCUCGUCUGCUGCAUUACUAUGAUCACUCAGGUAUACGUAACCGAAAUAGCUGUCCCCGAAAUACGAGGCUUCCUCAGUUCAGUCUUGAAGAUACUUAGCCACAUCGGUAUUCUGAUAUCCUUCACCAUUGGGACCUACCUCGAUUGGUCCCAACUCGCUUUGGUCGUAGCAGCUGCCCCAGUAUUACUAUUCUUCGCGUUACUCUUCGUCCCUGAAACCCCUUCCUUUCUCCUCCUUCGAGGAAAGGAGCAAGAGGCCGAAAAAUCUCUUCAGUGGCUACGCGGCCCUGAAGCAGAUAUCGGCCAAGAAUUGGCUACAAUCCGCACGAAUAUUUACGCCAGCAAACAAUAUCACGACAGUCACUCAAGUAGACUAAAAGUGAUUCUAUCCAAAAGAAUGAUCAGACCUGUCUUGAUUACCUGUGGGUUAAUGUUCUUUCAGAAAUUCACUGGAACACAAGUCUUCAGUUUUUACGCUGUGCCUAUGUUUAGAAAGACCUUUAGAAGCAUGAGCGCUCAUGGAGGUGCAAUAGCUACUAGUGUCGUCCAACUUCUAGCGUCAUGUUUGUCGGGCAUGCUCAUCGACAACAUUGGGAGACUUCCUCUUCUACUUAUGAGCGGUUUUAUGAUGUCAAUAGCUUUAGCUGGCUUUGGAUCUUAUGCGUAUUACGAAGACGUUGUCAGAAACUCAACAAAUUUAACUGUAACUGCCGACGCCGCUUCUUACGACUGGAUUCCUUUGGUGUGUGCUUUAGCUUUCACUAUCGCGUUUUCAUUAGGCAUUGGUCCUAUAUCUUCUUUAUUGAUUGGAGAAUUAUUCCCAUUGGAAUAUAGAAGCACUGGUAGCGCUUUAGCUACAAGUUUCAGUCAUCUAUGUGGGUUUGUCAAUGUCAAAACUGUUCCUGAUUUCAUUUAUUAUAUAGGGCUACAUGGCCUCUUUUGGAUGUAUGCAGGGAUUUCGGUGCUAUGUUUAUUAUUUGUAGUGCUAUUCGUUCCUGAAACUAAAGGUCGUGAAAUAGAUGAAAUGGAUCCUAAAUACGUUGAAUCAUUAUGUAUUAAUCGGUAGUUUACAAUGAUUAGUGUAGGUAUUGUCUUGUGCAGUAUUAAGCUGUAAAAGUGAUCAUUGAGAGAUUAUCUCGCAGAUAUAUUGAGAUGGCCGAUUCCUUUAGAGGUUUUGUUGUCGUCACCUAGUCUGUUGCGUGCAAAAUGCAUUUGUAUAGUAUUAGUGCCUUCCAUUUCAUGAGCCACACUGUUGUUUAUAACUUUGAACGAUUUGUAUACUUAAUUCAUAUUUUUAUUGUCAUCUGUUGGUUAUUUAAAAGCAUUUUUGUUGCUAUCUAUAUCUACACAAUUACAAUAUUUGAAGAAAGUUUUUAUAUUAAGUGUAGUUGUGAAUGCGAUUGACUGAAUAUGUAAAUAUGAUAUAUUUUGAUGUCUUCUGAUAUUUUUGUUAUUAAAUGGCCAGUAUAGCGCCUUCGUCUAGUUCCUUUCAUCACAAUAUUAAAUGUAAACAUACCUAGUAAGAUUGGUCAAUGUUGGAUUUGUAUUGGUUUUAUCUAUCGAGAAUUGAUUAAGAUCUGAUAACACACAAUCAUUUCUCCUAUCUAAUAUUGACUGAUUAUGUACAAAUAAUUGAUGUGUUUAUAAUUUUAAACUUGUAGAAAUAUAUUUCGUUUCCAAUUUAUCAGUUGCCGAUUGAUUUGCAGAUUAAAUUUCAUACAACAGUUAUUAUUAAUAUUAAAAAUGAAUUAUCUUUAAUAACCAAACAAAAUUGUAUGUACAAUGUAAACAUAAUAUUAUUUUCAUAUUUAUGAAGUAGAUUAUGGAAAAUAAUGUUAUUACCUACAUAAUUAUAUUGUAUAAAUUAUCAUUAUAUAUCAAAAUUGUAUGAAACGAAAUAUGUGUUUUAGAAAAUUUUAUUAAAAAUCUAUGUAAGUAAAUUUUGAUGAAAUACUGACUGAAUGUUACAAAAUGGUAUCAGUUUAUUAAGUUUAUGUUUUUAUUAUAUUUUUUGUAAAUAUGUAUAAUUUAAGCAUAACCUUAUUAUACAGUGUUGAGUAUAAUUUAAUGAGCUAUUAUAUUAUACGGGUAGAAAAUGUGUAUUAUUAAAUUUUUAAAUUUAUUUUAUUGGCAAACCAAAAUUAUUUCUUGAACAAUAUAAAAUGAAAUCCAGUGAAAAAUAUUGAUUUUAAAAAUGUAUAUAUGUUAUUAUAUAUACUAGGUAUUUUAAAUGUUUUAUAAGAAAUUAUAUCACAAAUGAGUGGUGCUAAAAGAUGCCUUGAUGAAGAUUUUUAUAAUGAAAUUGUUUUACCUAGUAAUUGUAUAUAAUAUAUAAGUAUUGUAAGCUUAUAAAUGAUUAUACUACAUAUAUAUUUAUGUAAAUUGUUAAGAGUGUUAAAUUUAGCGUGUUGCCAUAAUUUAAUAAUAUAGAUUACAAGUAUUUUACAAUGUACUUAAAUAAUCGAAUUUAAGUGUUUAAAUAAAAAAUUCAGUGAACGAUUACAA